UCGUUAUCAACUUAUUCAUCACCACGUAGUUCCACGCUCCGUCGCCGCCAUUAACAUCGAUCACCUUUCCUCCCUAUUUAUAGCCACCCUGCAACUGUCUUCAAUUCCUCCAUUAUCGUUCCAUUUUUCAGUUUUUCAGCUCGAAAAAUUCUUUGGAAAAAAAAAUGUUGGCUAUAUUCCACAAGGCGUUUGCAAACCCGCCGGAAGAACUGAAAAGUCCGGCGAGUAACCAUUCCAAUAAACCAAAACUCCCAGAAGAAACCCUCGAAGAGUUCCUAUCUGUUCAUCCCACAAACACCUUCUCUAUGACCUUUGGUGAUGCUGCUGUUCUUGCUUAUGUUAAACCCGACCGCCCUUACUCCGUUCAUCAAAGGAUGUUCACUGCUUUUGAUGAUAUAUACUGUGUAUUCAUGGGGAGUUUGAACAACUUAUGCGCCCAAAUCAAACAAUACGGACUAUCAAAGAACACCGAUGAAGCCAUGUUCGUGAUCGAAGCUUAUCGGACGCUCCGAGACCGUGGUCCGUACCCGGCCGAUCAGGUGAUCAAGGAUCUUGAAGGCAGCUUUGCAUUUGUUGUCUACGAUAGCAAAUCCGGCACCGUUUUCACUGCGCUGGGCUCAGAUGGUGGUGUGAAGCUUUAUUGGGGCAUAGCUGCAGAUGGGUCUGUUGUUAUUUCUGAUGAUUUAGAGGUUAUCAAAGCAGGUUGUGCAAAAUCUUUUGCACCAUUUCCUAAAGGUUGUAUGUUUCAUAGUGAAGGUGGUUUGAUGAGCUUUGAGCAUCCAAUGAACAAGAUUAGGGCAAUGCCAAGGGUGGAUAGUGAAGGAGUUAUGUGUGGGGCUAAUUUCAAAGUGGAUACCUACACUAGGGUUAAUUCUAUUCCACGUAGGGGUAGUGAAGCCAAUUGGACCCAAUGGGAUAAUCAUUAUUAGCGGAUAUCUUAUCCCUUAAAUCCCGUCUCUGAAAGAUAUACUGGAUUUGUUUGGAAGGAACAGUCGGUGUGUCUUAUCUUUCAGAUCCUAUCCUCGAGAUAUAUGAAGGGUUUGUUUAAUUUGGUUCCAUUAGAGAGAAUCCUAGUGGAUCUUGAUUCUACGGUCUACUUCUAAUAUAUCCUUUUGUUUGUUUCUUGAAUGUAAAUAUUCGAUUUUGGGAAUAAAGUCUUAUUGUUCUAUUUGUUGCA